UUUGAGAUGGUCUGGAUCCCAAUUGUGAACCAAUCAGUGCAGUGGACAGAGCCCAUGCAAAGGCAGUUUGAGAGCAUGCAAUCCACGAUGACAUGGUACACGGUGCACCACCCCUCAUUGAUUGAUCGAUUGGUGAUUAGGUUCAUCAAGGAGAGGUGGCAUUUCAAGAACAAGCCCAUCCUUGUGGUGCUGGACCCACAAGGUAAGGUGGUGAGCCCCAAUGCCAUCCCCAUGAUGUGGAUAUGGGGAAACAAUGCGUUUCCUUUUACCAGCUUGAGAGAGGAAGCCCUUUGGAAGGAAGAGACUUGGAAGGUUGAGUUGCUGGUGAAUGGUAUCGACCAAACGAUACUCAAUUGGAUUAGAGAGGGAAAAUACAUUUUCUUGUAUGGAGGGGAUGACAUUGAGUGGAUACGAAGAUUCACAACCAUGGCAGACUCUGUUGCGCGGGACGCACACAUCCCUCUGGAGAUGGUCUAUGUCGGAAAGAGUAGCAGAAGGGAACAAGUCAGGCGAGCCAUUCAAGCCAUCAAUACUGGUAAAAUGGGGACUGCCUGGCAAGAGCCUAUGAUAUGGUUUUUCUGGACUCGGCUAGAGAGCAUGCUCUUCUCCAAGAUUCAACUUGGCAAGGCUGAUGAUUACGACCCCAUGAUGCAAGAAAUCAAAAAACUGCUUAGCUAUGACAAGAGCAGAGGAGGAUGGGCUGUGUUCUGCAAGGGAUCGGAGGUGGUGGUCAAUGGGCAUGGGACCACAGUGUUACCUACUUUGGUGGAGUACACUGAUAUAUGGAAACAAAAUGUGGUCACCAUAGGGUUCGAUAAAUCGUUCAAAGAUCACCAUGAGAGGCUUCAUGGGAUUGAGCACCCGUGUUGUCGCUUCGAAUUCCCAAGCAUGGUGGGAAGGAUACCGGAGAGCAUGAAAUGCCCAAAGUGCUUGCGUAGCAUGGAGAAGCACAUCACCUUCAUAUGUUGCCACGAUGAGAAUCCUGCUACCAACAUACUUGACUGAAAUAUCCCGAUGUUGAACGAUUAUUAUUACACUAUUGCGAU